AUGGAUAAUACUUCAUCAGAAGAAGUUCAUUUAAGUGAGUCGAAUCCAACCCCCCAAGAUUCAGAAAAAGAUGGAAAGAAAGCAAAAUGGUUGUGUUUGUGUCCAGCUUGUAUAGUUCAUCAUACAAUUUUGGUUGGCCUACUUGGUCUGGUUAUUUGUCUUCAUCUCAUCCGUCCAACUGGUUAUUAUCCUAAAUUGGUUUGUACUUAUUGUACUGUUGUUUACUACAUAAAAUAUAUUUUUCAUGGAAUUGAAGCUUUUAUCAUUUUGAGUGAUCUUGAUGGUUUUGAGUACUCCUUGUUUGAAUCAAUGUAUGCUUUGUUUUGGCCUAUUUUUUAUUUCUUGAUUGGUUUUUAUCUGGCAUUCGUUCAUGGGAGUGUACUUGGUGUUUAA